AUGGUUGAGCUCACAGAAGUGCACACCGAAACACAUGUACUGGCGACAGAAGACGCUCUGAUUGCUACCCUGGAAGAGGACGACAAUGACUCUCAAUACGAAGAUGAAGAUGGUGACGAGCUCUUGUCCGAGGACGAUAUUGAAGACUUGGAGAUCGACGACGAAGAUGACAUCCAAGACGAAUCCCUCCUUGAGCGUAUAUCCGCCUUGGUGGAUGUCGUUCCACCCUCAACCAGACGAAGCAUUGUUCGCUCCGUAAAGAAUGUCACGAGCGCAACGUGGGGUGCUGCUCAGUGGGUUGGUAGCGCCGCAUGGGUUCUGGCCACUGCCGCCAUGCUUGUGGGGUUACCGGUUGCAUUGGAAUUGGAGAGGGAACAGUUUGUGUUCCAGCAGGAAGCUCAAGUACGGGCUCAGCAGCAACAGGCUCAGCAGGCAAGUGGAAAAGUGAAACUUUCAAAUAUCAGGUUCAUUGACUGA